AUGAGCAGGCCUCAAGGCGGUCGAAUUCAAGUCCCAGAUGACCUUAGAGAGAUCUUACUGGAAUUUACCAUAAGUUAUCUGCUGGAGCAACCAGGGGACGUAAUCAACUACGCUGUCGAGUUCUUCACAAGGUUACAGAACAACAGGACCACAACUAUAGUGAGAGGCCCAUCCGCCGGCACGCCCGAUGAAUCCAUAAUAUCAGAUGAAGAAGAGCCGCCAGUGGCGCGCUUCAACAACCGCCGUAAGUCGGUGUUUGCGGAGGCCUAUGACCCGGAGGAAGAUGACUCUGAUGAAGGAGCUCCAGCCAUAUUCCCCAAAUCGGACGCCCAACGUGCUCGGCUGGCGGAGGCUGUCCGCGGGAUCCUACUGUUCCGCUCUCUUGAUGCCCAACAGAUGCAGCAGGUGCUGGACGCCAUGUUUGAGAAACGCGCUGAGCCCGGCGAGUACGUGAUCCGUCAGGGCGAUGAUGGUGACAAUUUCUACGUCAUUGAGAACGGCGUGUUCGACGUGCUCGUUACAGGCGACGAUGGCGUCGAGAAGGUGGUGCACACGUACGAGGGCUCGGGCUCGUUCGGCGAACUGGCGCUGAUGUACAACAUGCCUCGGGCGGCGUCGGUGCGCGCCCAGACUGCCGGCGCACUCUGGGCCAUGAACCGAACUACGUUCCGUCGCAUCCUGCUUAAGAGCGCCUUCAAGAAGCGCAAACUCUACGAGGAGUUGCUCGACAAGGUGCCUAUGCUGAAGGCACUCCAGCCAUACGAGCGCGCCAACCUGGCGGACGCGUUGCUGCCGCGCACGUUGAUCGACGGCGAGCUGAUCAUCCGCCAGGGAGACACCGCCGAUGGGAUGUACUUCGUGGAGGACGGCUCCGUCAGCAUCCGCAUCUCGCGAGACGACGGCAACGAACACGAGAUCAAACGUCUUGGAAAGGGCGAUUACUUCGGAGAGUUGGCUCUCGUCACACAUAAGCCCCGUGCUGCCUCUGUUUACGCUGUAGGACCCACUAAGGUGGCAUUCUUGGACGUGGAGACCUUCGAGCGACUUCUGGGCCCGUGCAUGGAAAUUAUGAAACGCAACAUCGACGACUAUGAGGAACAGCUGGUGAAACUGUUCGGUGACAAGAGCAAUCUCACAGACGUGCGAUGA